UCCAUUUCGGUUACAAAAAUCCCCAAUUAAAUACACCAAAAAGUUGAAAUCAAUGCCGGUGAAUUUGACGGCCAACGCUAUUGCGGCGAUAGACGCCGGAGACGUCAACGCCAAGCCGCUGGUGCAGGUGUUGGACAUCAAGCUCAUCGGCUCCUCGCAGGAGCGCUAUCGCUUUCUCCUCUCUGACGCUGUGGCUACUCAGCACGCUAUGCUCGCCACACAGCUCAAUGACCGAGUCAAAACCGGUCGAGUCCGCAGGGGAUCCGUCAUCCAGCUCAUCGAGUACAUCGGCAGCACUGUCCAGAAGCGCAAAAUUAUUGUGAUCCUAAACAUGGAAACCAUCAUUCUGGACUGCGAUGUAAUUGGUAACCCUAGUGUGUUGGAACUUGAUUCACUACCUGAAAAGCCAUUAUCAUCUGGACCCCGACCAUCAAUAAACAAUAGUGUUGCUGGUGCUCAGAAUUUGUCACGAACAAGCUACAAUAAUGUCAAAACUUCAAGCUCCCUAAACCAAGGUGGUAACAUGCAGAGUUUCCGUCCUACUGUUCAGCCUUCAUACCAGCCACCUCCAAAUUAUAAGAAUCAUGGAGCAAUCAUGAGAAAUGAGGCACCUGCACGCAUUAUACCUAUUGCUGCCUUGAAUCCCUAUCAAGGUAGAUGGGCUAUCAAGGCACGGGUGACAGCAAAAGGAGAUCUCCGUCGUUACAACAAUGCAAGAGGAGAUGGAAAAGUAUUCUCCUUUGAUCUUCUUGAUUCAGAUGGAGGGGAAAUUAGGGUGACAUGCUUCAAUGCUGUGGUGGACCGUUUUUAUGAUACUAUCGAAGUUGGUAAAGUCUAUGUGAUAUCCAAAGGCAGCUUGAAACCUGCUCAGAAGAAUUUUAACCAUCUAAACAAUGAGUGGGAGAUAUUUCUGGAGACAACAUCAUCAGUAGAUCUUUGUCCAGAUGAAGAUACAUCUAUACCCAGGCAGCAGUUCUCAUUUAGGCCUAUCAGUGAAAUUGCAAAUGCUGAAAGCAAUUCCAUACUGGAUAUUAUCGGUGUUGUUGUAACAGUGAACCCUUCUGUUCCCAUAAUGCGGAAGAAUGGAAUGGAAACGCAGAGGCGAAUUCUGAACUUGAAGGAUCAAUCGGGGUUAACUGUUGAAUUGACAUUAUGGGGAGAUUUCUGCAACAGGGAAGGACAACAGCUUCAUGAUAUGGUAGAAGCCGGAAUUUUCCCCAUUUUGGCUGUCAAAGCUGGAAAAGUUAAUGAUUUUAGUGGGAAGUCCAUUGGUACCAUAUCUGCCACACAGCUAUUCAUAAAUCCCGACUCUGCAGAGGCUGACAGCUUGAGAAACUGGUUUGAUCGAGGGGGAAAAGACACUGCUUCUCAUUCCAUAACCAAAGACGCUAUACUCGGUGGAAUGAAGAACGAGACACGCAAGUGCUUGACACAGAUAAAAGAUGAAGGGCUGGGAAGAUCAGACAAACCAGACUGGAUUGCAGUUAAGGCAACUGUGUCCUUUAUCAAAACAGACUCGUUCUGUUACACAGCCUGCCCUUUGAUGAUCGGUGACAGGCAGUGCAACAAGAAAGUGACGAAGUCUGGAAACUCAGCGUGGCUAUGCGACAGGUGCAAUCAAGAAUUCGAAGAGUGUGAUUACAGAUACCUUCUUCAGGUUCAGAUUCAAGACUACAGCGGCAUGACAUGGGUGACCGCUUUCCAGGAAGCCGGUGAAGAGAUCUUAGGGUGCUCUGCCAAGGAGUUGUACGUGUGGAAAAACGAAAUGCAAGAUGACCUCAAAUUCCUUGAAGUUAUUCAAAACUGCCUCUUCAGGGAGUUCAUCUUGAAGCUCAAAAUAAAAGAGGAGAUUUAUGGCGACGAACAAAAGCUGAAGAUCACUGUUGUCAAGGCAGACAAAUUGAACUACUCUGAAGAGAGUAGGUUUCUGUUUGAUAGCAUCACAAAGCGCCAUGUCACUACAUAUUAGAAUGGCAUGCAUCCUUUUCUAUUAAAUAAUUUUUAUAGCAACAUUUUUAACUCUCA